GGUUGAUUUGGGGUGGCCAUGCAUUCAAAGUCUUGUGUGCAGUGCAUUAUAAUAGGUACUGAUUACCGAAGAACGAGAAGUUUAUGCGAAUUAUAGAAUAUGUGUUAUGCAACGAUCAUUACAUUCACAGACAUUUCCCAUAUCUAGCAACUAGCAAUUUUUCCGUGAAUGUUCCGAUGAUAAUCGUUUAUCUCCGGUGGCAUGUUGCUUUGAUGUGAACCCCUCCCACAUAUCACAGAGAGAUUGUAACAGGUAACACAUGUCGCAAUUUAGCUAAAUAUGACAUUGUACCAGGAUGGUAAACCUGUGCAAGGAGUAUUUGAUUUUAAGACUAAGUCUGAUUUACUUUAAUUAGGAUAGAAAUUUUAUUUUGUUGUCGUGGAGGCUUGUAUUUAUAGUAACGAUGAACAUACAUAUUUAUUGUUCGAGAGUUGCAGCUUCAUAUUUAAGAAUAUGUUACCAUGUAUAUGAAUGAACGUUUUAAUACCAACCCCCACGUGCUUGAAACCGCAUGGGUAUCUGGGUUGGACGCCAUUUUGUAUAAUCCGUGCUAGACAUUGAGUGGUGUACAAUGAGUGAUGACGACAGGGAUAUUGAUAUUGAAAGCGAUGAAGGGGAUGAAGAUUCGGAUUCGAGGCAGCCACGGCAGUCAAGUAAUCAAUAUUUAUCGCAGGCUGAGAAACGAGCACAUCACAAUGCAUUAGAAAGGAAGCGUAGAGACCACAUCAAGGAUAGCUUCACCAGUCUACGUGAAUCAGUUCCAGCAUUACAAGGAGAGAAAGUGGUCAGCAGGGCAUUAAUUCUGAAGAAAGCUGCGGAUUACAUACAGUUCAUGAGGCGAAAGAACUCUGCACACCAGCAGGACAUCGAUGAUCUGAAGAGACAGAACUCCCUACUUGAGUCACAGAUUCGAACAUUGGAGAAAGCUAAAGCAACAGGAAAUUAUGCUGCUGAGUCCAGUGAGGUGUCCCUCGUCAGCUCCAAGUCAGACUCUGUGUCAAGUUACCCUCACGAAUCUGAGUCAGACACAUCUGAUUCAGAGACUACCCAUGCCACACGUCGUACAAAGAAGCUGAAAGUGGCAGGCUUGUAGAGUAAUAUGGAUUGCAUAGUGUGUGCGUUGUUGUACCUGAAAAUUACAUAUGCUGAGACACGCUGCCAGAAGGGUGUGGGCAAUAAUCCGUUGGUGCUUAGUGUGUCAUGACGGGUCAAGAUUCCUCUCUUUUAAAUGUUGCACCUUAAGACAUUAGAGAUGUACUUGUCUUCUCAGUGCCUCUCAUAAUAAAGCGUGAAAUUAUGUCUUCUUGGCUGCUUUCUCAGUCCAGUUAGAAAAAGUGCACAAACAUGAAACAUUCUCCUUUCGUACAUUUGUGUUUGUUUCUACAUUCCCGUCCAUUGUCCACUUUAAUAAGUCCAAGCUUUCUGAGGCCACAUUAGCUUGGGCUGCCUUGCACCUCUGUGUCAUUUUAAGAUCACACAUACUAGGUUCUGCAUCAUUACAACAUCUUGAAAUUUACUAAGAAUAUUUAAGUAAUUACAAGCUGGUGGUAUUUGAUUAUGCUUUGUACACCUUCAUCCAUUCUUAUGCUUCCUGUGUCUCUUAUUUUCCACAAGAUUUUACAAUGUAACAGGACUGAGCAAUGUCUUGUGCAAUUCAUGCUUAAUUAAAUCAACACACUUUCUCAUUACUUAUAUCUAAAAUAUCAACAUGAAAUAAAUCCAAAAAUCUAUAAAUAAAACCCAUAAAAUUAUUACAGAACUUCCAUUCAGGUAUAUCAGAUUUAGACCCUUCUUAAUAAACUGUUUCAACUGGAGUCCUGUAAAGUUUCUCAUCCAUCAGAGAAGCUAAUGUGACUGAAAUGUGCAGGCAUCCCAUAGCCAUCAGGAUAUAUCAGUCAGUUGAUUCAUUAAAACUUAUAUGAGUUAUCUUUACAUUUUCCAUUUAUGAAUAAAUAAUAUAGUCAGUAACCCAUGCAGUCAUGAUGGGGCCAGGGGUAGAUGAAAAUAUUGUUAAAAAUUUUUGAGACAUCUGAUUGUAAGUAUUUAGAAACUUUGCUGAUUAUAUUUUAGUUUUGUCAUAUAGUUCCCUGACUGAAUAUCAUUGCAAAAAAUUAUUCCCCUUGUGAUAAAUGAAGGCUCACAGAUAAAACUUGUGCACAAAUACUUGCGUUCAUCAGUAAGUUUUAUUGAGAAAAGUAUGAUUUGAGGUUUUCACAGUGGUGAGUCAGAAGUUGGCUGUCUUGUGGGUUGUAGUGCCAUGUGGCCUGGUAGAAGUUUGCCAUUGUUUCAGAGGCCCUUGCUGCCUCUAUCAUCGUCACUCUGAUGAUGGAAGCAGAAAUGACCUCUGAAACAUUGGUAAACUUCUACCAGACUACACAGCGCUAUAUUCCAGAAGACAGUCGUCUUCUUGAGAGAAGGUUUUUUCAAAUAAGAAGUGACAAGAUUGUUGUACAGUAGAAACUGAGCUCUUCUACUUGUUAUAUGUUCAGAUUUGCAAGUACUGAAUUAUGUUUAACACUGUACUAGUUAGGUAUUCGCUUGCAGAUUGACACUGCCAAGUCAUUUUUCAGUUCAGGCAAAUAUUUGCUCUAAAAGGUGGGGUGGCAUUGUUACUUUCUUUAAACUUUGUGUAUCUUGUAAGAUUAGAGCAAUAUAAAGUAACCGAUUAAAAUUUAUUCUAGAUUGCUAGUAUAGAUGCAUUGUAUUUUUGCUGUUGAAUACUUUGAUUUCAAUAAAUGAUUCACCAAGGAACUCAA